AUGGGCAAGUCUCCGACCACCUCCGCUCGAGGUGAGUCCAAGUCACCUAAACAAUCACGCAAAGCAUCGCCGGUCAAUCAAGAUACAGCCGAUGCAAAGGCGGAUGCCAUCAAAGCCGACCCGUCAGCCAAUGCCGAAGCCGCCAAACCCCUUGCUCCUCCUCCGCGACCCGGUCAACAACAGACAACAGGUAACACACCCGACUACUUCUCCAACAACCUCGGCGGCUCUUUAAGUCUGGAGCCCAAUCCCUUUGAGCAGUCCUUUGGCGGUGGUGCCACUACUGCUCCUGAGACGCCUGGUGGCACCAAGUUGCCCUCCGUGGCUGCCCUCACAUCACCGUCGUCGCUCCUGCCCGGCAGCGGCGUGACGCCGUUCAACUGGGGAGGCGGCUCGCUUCGCACCGGUCCUCUCAGCCCGGCCAUGUUGUCGGGCCCGACAAAUGAUUACUUCGGUGACACACAUCAUCUUCGUGGCGGGUUCCCCACCCCUAACGAGUCUUCCUUGAGGACAGGCUUGACUCCCGGUGGCAGCGGGUCCAUGUUCCCGGCCCCGAGCCCCAACUCCCAAGCACUUUUCGCGCAGUUGCAAAGCGGUGGCGCGACCCCGAGCACACUUGACUUUCAUCGCACUGCCCUGAGCGCUGCUGCCGCCAAGCGGGAACAGCAGGCCCAAGCGCCACAGGCCGUCACGUCACAACCACAAGAACAAGCAAACGGCGUUGCUACCGUCAAGUCUGAGAACAAGCCUGCGUCGGGACCCUUUGACCCGCACGACAACGACGCCGCGAACGGGCUGUUCAUGCUGGCACAAGGUCGGAACGGAACCCAACAGCAACAACAACAACAACAACAGGCCCAGUUUCCUGUGCAAAACCCACAGCAACCCAUUCACGCUCCCAUGCCAGUGCAGGCCAACAACACCUCGCCUCAAAUGAACGGCGCCAGCUCAAUUGCUUCCGGUUCCGCACGAGGCGUCAGCGAGGUGGGCAGUGCCGCCUCCGAGGAGAGCGAGCAAGCCCGCCCCAACACGCGAGGCAAGGGUAAGCGGAAUUCCACUGCCGGGACUGCCACCACCAACGGCAGGCGGAAAGCGGAAGAUCCUCUUGCAAAGGCCCCUCCGGCCAAAAAGGCAAAGACAAAUAAUGCACCCCCGUCCCUAGAUGGCAUGGAUGAAGACAUGUCAGAUGACGACAAGAACCCCGACAACCCCAAGUCGAAGAUGACUGAUGAGGAGAAGAGGAAGAACUUCCUCGAACGUAAUAGGGUGGCUGCUCUGAAAUGUCGACAGCGCAAGAAGCAGUGGCUGGCGAACCUGCAAUCCAAGGUUGAGAUGUUUAGCACCGAGAACGAUGCUCUGACAGCUCAGAUCUCUCAACUGAGAGAGGAGGUUGUCAACCUCAAGACACUCCUCCUUGCUCACAAGGAUUGUCCAGUCACGCAACAGCAGGGUCUCCACGGCGCCUUUAUGCAGCAGGCCAUGGAGCCUUUCAACCCCCAGAUGAACCCUUACGGCAUGGCGGCGCCUAUCCCACAGCCUGUCAUGGCUGGGCAGGUCGGCCAGCGAAGGUUCUCAUAA